CCCACGGAUGACUGACUUCUUGUUUCAACGAUCUCUCUCUCUUCUGUCUCUCGCGUGUCUCUCGGGAUCAUUAGUUCUCCUGUUUUCCGCGCCAUACGGACGCGUAUCUUUCCUUACCUCACUUCAUGGGAGAAAAAAAGGAGAGAGAGGAGAAUCCAUCGCCUGCCCUUCACCGGUACCUUCCAUUUCUAACCUUGGACGGAAAUAACCGACAGAGGAACAAGAGAAAGCCAGGUGACGCAGAGGUAGACAGACAUACAUGAGAUUGAGAGAGAGAGACAUUGUAAGAGUAUGAGUUUUUCCAUCGUCUUCUCUUUUUAGAGAUUAAUAUUAAAUAGGAAGGUGGUGGUGGUCAUGGUGGUAGUGGGGGAAACGCAUCAGCUUCUGUUUCCCCCACUCUUAACUGCAGUGCCUGAAGUCUGAGCCCCCUCUUCCCCAUUUUCAAGUCCAAUCCUCGCUCUCUCUCUCUCGCUCGUUACAUCAAUCACCCUUCUCUCUCCUUACCGAACCCACCACCAACCUCUCUCUCUCUCUCUCUCUCUCUCUCUUUUCACGUUCAAAACCGAACGUCACGUUUUGUUGCCAUUUCCCAAUUCCCAGCUUUAGCUAGAGAGCCACUUCAGGCCGUUCCCAGACAACCUUCCCCCACUUUUUGCCUCUUCCCCUCUCUCUCUCUCUCUCUCCCGUCGGCGAAAACCAAUGUCAUCGUCUUUUUGCAGAGCUCUCUGUCUGGCGCUUUGUUUGUCUGCAUCAAGUGCGGAAGCAGGCAUGAAUUUUCUCUGAGUUUCUACAUGCUGAUAUGAAGGUAUCUGCUCAUGUAGUGAUUUCGAGGUCGUUUUGGUUCCCGCUUGCAGACGACGCGAUAGGGCCAUUUCAGGACGCUGUCGACUAAAGGUUCUGAUUUAUCAAUAGUCUUUAUUGGCUUUCUCUUCUAACCAACAAUGUACCAUAUUGUAUGAGCGAACAUCCUACCCAUAGUCAAAGGUCUUUAAAGUGAUACUCUUACAAUGGGUGGCUGCGUAUCAUCAUCCAAAAGGAAGCCCAGAGCAAGAAAAUACUUCAUCAGGUCCAGACGCUGGAGGAGAAAAGUUUCUGCUUCAUCUCCUGCUGUUUCUCAAGCACGUGUCAAUGAUUCUAUGAAUCCUUUAGCAGAUUUUGCCAUCAAUGAAUUUGUACAGAAGGAUCUUGAGAAAGCUGCGACAGCUCAUGGUAGAACAGAAGUUUCAAAUUUAACGCUCCACCUCACUCAGCUACAGUGGCACAGAGAUCAGAAUGAUGCCAGUGUGGUGCACCAAGAGGAAGCGUGGUUUGAUUCUGUCAGUAUUCUGGAAUCUGAUACCGAUGAAGACUUCUGCAGUGUCUAUGGAGAUUGUUUUCCUACCAUAAACAAUAGCUCAGGAGCUUCACAGGUGCAGUAUGAGAAUGCCCCAUGCUUGGUAGAAGCUAUGGGCAAAAUAGAGGAUUUUCCUGAUGGAGUCCCAAUGUCUUUGACAGUUGAACAAUGUCUUCAAAUGGAUGGAGGAAAACCAGUGUUUUCAAACAAAGAUCAGUCCAAGGAAUUUGAUAGCUUAACAGCUAGGGAUACACAGGGAUAUGACCUUCCAUAUUUAGGUAAAACUGAUGAAGCCAAUGCUAGAAUUUCAGGAACUGAGAUUAAUACACGUAAGAAAAGAUCAUUGGAAGAUGCUUAUGGACAUUGUAGCCCAUUUAAAGAAAAUGCAUCCAACAUAGAAGAGAAAAAUCAUGAUCAAUCACAGAAACAGAGAACAAUAUCUUGCUUGCCAAGAUUAGUCCCAACAGUCAGCUUCAAUGACAAAACACAACCACUAAGUCCUGGCCCUCCAUCUCAGAGGAAAAAGUCAGCAGUUAUCAGAGUAUCUUUCAAGCGGCGGUCUUAUGAUGGAGAUGACACAACAGUCAUGACGGAAAUCUGUGCCUCCAAGAAGUUCCUGUAUCAUCCUAGAGCAGGAUUCCAGAUUCCGUGCUCAUCAGGGGAAAAGCAAGCUCAGGGUUGCUGGUCUCAUCUUGAACCCUCUGUCUUCAAGCUUCGGAGUGAGAAUUAUUUCAGAGAUAAGAAAAAGAGUCCUGCUCCAAAUUAUGCUCCAUUUUCUCCAUUUGGGGUUGAUCUUUUUACGUCUUCACAGAAGAUACAUCACAUUGCUCAGUAUCUUGAGCUUCCAUGUGUGAAACCUCAUGGAGGAAUGCCUUCUAUCCUCGUUGUUAACAUUCAGCUUCCUACAUAUCCAGCUGCUAUGUUCCUAGGUGACAGUGAUGGUGAAGGCAUGAGCCUUGUAUUAUAUUUUAAAAUAUCUGAUAGUUUUGAGAAAGACAUUUCACCACAUUUUCAGGAAAGCAUUAAGAAAUUAAUAGAUGAUGAAACUGAAAAGGUUAAAGGCUUUGCAGUAGAUUCUGUGGUUCCCUUCAGAGAACGACUGAAGAUCAUGGCUCGGGUUGUAAACCCAGAUGAGCUUCACCUGAACUCUGCUGAGAAGAAACUUGUGCAUGCUUAUAACGAAAAGCCAGUGCUUUCACGGCCUCAACAUUGUUUUUAUAAGGGACCAAACUACUUUGAGAUAGAUCUAGACAUACAUCGUUUCAGCUACAUAUCAAGAAAGGGGCUAGAAGCUUUUCGCGAGCGCUUGAAACAUGGAAUAAUAGACCUGGGCUUGACAAUUCAGGCACAGAAGCCAGAGGAACUUCCCGAGCAAGUCCUCUGCUGUGUGAGACUCAACAAAAUUGAUUUUGUGAAUCACGGCCAGUUACCUGCUCUUGUGACACUUGAUGAAGGUGAAGUUUGCUAAAAGGGCCAUUGACUCGCUAUCUGGCUUCUGAACAUGGCCAUGUGUGAGGCUGACCUUGCUGCUGCUUAUGCCGCCUCUUUGGCUCCAACAAUGUUGGCAUUUGUGAGCGGUAACAUGAGAGCCAAACAAGCCUCCUUGCCUUGUAACCGCCAUCUCUCUUCUUCAGCUUGCCAUUCUUUUCUCUUUGCUGCAUAAGCAGAUGCCCAACAUUUUGCUCCACUAUACAUAUGUAAGUUAUUCGUUCUUCAUAACCCCCUCCCCACAAGCGUUCAUCCCCUUCUUCUGUACUCUUUUCCUCCCCCCGCAUUUUGCCUAUUUCCUUAAAAUGAUAUAUGCUGUAAAUACUGAGCUUCCUGGGGGCCAGGCCCCCGAGCAUUACAAAGGUUUGCUCUUUCUUCA